UCGUUGACACGGCGACGACGAAGUUAAACAACUCCCUCCUCCCUCGCCCCCGCACACAGACCACCGACGGCAACCACCUCCAGCGUUAAUGCUCCACCGACGCCGCUAAUGGCCGCCGCCGUCGCCGCAGUGACCUCGCCGGAUCUCUUCUCGUUCCACGCGUCCAUCGCGCCCUUGCCGGCACCUCCGGUGGGCGCUGAAGACGACGACGGCGACUUCGAGUUCCGCAUCCCGGCGGCGGUGGCCGCGCUCUCCGCCGCUGACGAGCUCUUCUCGGACGGAAAGCUCGUGCCUCUCCUCCCGCUGCUGAAUCCCGCCUCGACCUGCUCGGCUCCGCCGUGCCCGGAGGAGGAGCCUCCCUCGGAGCCCGCCUCUCCCCGCGCGCCGCGGUGUGCUGGGCGGCGGUGGCGUGAUCUCCUCCUCCUCGUUACAAAGAAGCCCAAAGCCGGCGAGACCAAGGGUCGCACGGAAGCGUCCGUGGGGCGUCGGGAGGCGCAUUCGCGGCCGCUCCUCUCGCGCGACUCCUCCUCGUCCUCGUCGGCCUCCUCGUCCGACUCCGGCAGGAACGCGCGCCGCCCGCCGCCGCCGUCGCGCCCACCCCUGCGGACGCGCUCCGCGCCGGUGGCGAGCCUCCUCCACCUCAUGUCCAAGAAGAACGCCGGCGGCUGCAGGAACGGCGCCGCCGCGGCCGCGGCCCCGAAACAGCGCCAGCAGCAGCAGGCGUGCGCGCACCCGCUCCUGACCCGGGCCUCCUCGUCGUCCUCGGCCUCCUCCUCGGACUCCGGCAGGAACUCCCGUCCGCCGUGGCAUCCGCGCGGCCCCGCGCGGCCAUGGCGCCCCGCGAUAGCCGCCGAGAGCCCGCGCGUCAGCGCGUCCGGGCGCGUGGUGUUCCGGGGCCUGGAGCGGUGCUCGAGCACGCCCGCCGCGGGGGGCGUCGGCGGCCUGCGGCGGCCGCGGCCGAGGGGCAUGGAGCGCUCGUACUCGACCAAUGUGCGCGUGGAUCCGGUGAUCAACGUGUUCGGCUUCGGGCACCUGUUCUUCCCAGCUUCGCCGUCCAAGGAGAAGAAGGCCGACGCCGCGGGCGGCGGCCGGAGGAACAGGCCGGAGAAGCUGGCGAUGAUGCUGAGAGAUCCGCAGGAUUAGGUGGUGGCCAUGCUGGAAAUAACGCAUGAGAUUCUUCCUGUCGCGGAUUCUUCUCUGUAUUUCUCAUCUUGUUUUUUCAGUUUUUUGUAAUAUAUACUGCUGCUGCUCCUGUUGUUUAGAACUAGAUCUCUCAAAUUUCAGAGACCUCAUGCGAAUCUGAACCUACUCUGAACUUGUCUUCAGAGUGUCGAUGUAUAAAAUUUCUCAUGAACAGAAGAACACUUUGGUUCCAAAA